UAGACCCGAAUCAUGGUGCAUACUGCAUACUACCUAGUUCAACCAUGGACCCGAAUAGUCUGGAUUCUGGAUUCAUUAUUAGAAUGAAUCAAAAACUAACUCAAUCCAGUUGAAUAUUUACCAUAGCAUUUUAUGAAAUGUGACGGCGUUUAAAUGUUUUUCAAAUCUCGAUAAAUUGCGUGCUUUACCAUAUAGGUAUGAACUCCUCUUCGAAGCAUGGUGCAACUUGUUUUGAAUUUAGGUUAGCCACGGGACAGAAUAGUGUCAAUAACUUUAAGUCUUUAUAACUAUGAAGCAUUGAAGUGAUUUACCAUUUGAGUAAGUUUUUUGAGCGCCAUUUACCUUGUACCUACAGUCUACAGAAUCAGUCCUAUAAGGCUCAAAUCCUGUCAAACGCUCAAAAAUGGCUAAAGGAAGGAAAAAUCAUGAUGGUGAUGUUCAAGUUCAAGUGAUUGGUGAAAUAGUUGCUAAACUUCUGAAGUCUGUGCAAGAAGGCAAAGAUGUUGACCUCAAUAAACUGAAAAAUGGCGUUGCCUCACGACAUGGCGUGCCCUCUGCCCCACGCCUUGUGGACAUCAUUGCUGCUGUGCCUGCUCAACACAAAGCUCUGCUGCUGCCCAAACUGAAAGCCAAGCCUAUCAGGACUGCAUCUGGGAUUGCGGUCGUGGCCGUGAUGUGCAAGCCUCACAGAUGUCCUCACAUUAGCCUCACUGGGAACAUUUGUGUGUAUUGCCCUGGGGGACCCGACUCAGACUUUGAGUACAGCACACAGAGCUACACAGGCUAUGAACCUACCAGCAUGCGCGCAAUACGCGCGCGGUACAACCCUUAUUUACAAACGCGGCAUCGAGUGGAACAGCUGCGUCAGCUGGGACACAGUGUUGACAAAGUGGAGUUUAUUGUCAUGGGAGGAACGUUCAUGGCGCUACCACAAGACUACCGUGAUUAUUUUAUAAGAAACCUCCAUGAUGCUCUCAGCGGCCAUACCUCCUCCAGUGUGCAAGAAGCUGUGCAGUACAGUGAGAGAAGUAACACCAAAUGCAUCGGGAUCACCAUAGAGACACGGCCGGACUACUGCCUGAAGCGUCAUCUCUCGGACAUGCUGAGCUACGGCUGCACGCGCCUCGAGAUCGGCGUACAGUCUGUCUAUGAGGACGUGGCUCGAGACACCAACAGAGGACACACGGUGCGGGCGGUGUGCGAGAGCUUCCAGUACAGCAAAGACGCGGGCUUCAAAGUCGUGACGCACAUGAUGCCAGACCUGCCUAACGUGGACUACGAGAGAGAUGUAUUGCAGUUCAUUGAAUUAUUCGAGAACCCGGCGUUCCGGCCUGAUGGCAUGAAGCUUUACCCGACGCUGGUGAUCAGAGGCACAGGCCUGUACGAGCUUUGGAAGACUGGCCGGUACAAGAGCUACCCUGCCUCGACUCUUGUCAACCUAGUGGCCACCAUCCUGUCGCUGGUACCUCCCUGGGUUAGGGUGUACCGGGUACAGAGAGACAUCCCCAUGCCACUCGUCAGUUCUGGCGUGGAGCACGGCAACCUGCGCGAGCUGGCGCUGGCGCGUAUGCAGGACCUAGGGUCGCAGUGCCGUGACGUACGAACAAGGGAAGUUGGCAUCAAGGAAAUACACACCAAGCUUAAGCCGGAGCAGGUGGAGUUGAUACGCCGCGACUACUACGCCAACGGAGGCCACGAGACGUUCUUGUCCUACGAAGACCCCGUGCAGGACAUCUUGGUAGGCCUCCUACGCCUCAGGCAGGCUUCUGCUGACGCUUUCAGGGAAGAGCUGUGCACGGGCGUGUCGGUGGUGCGGGAGCUACACGUGUACGGCAGCGUGGUCGCCGUCAGCACUCGUGACCCCACGAAGUUCCAGCAUCAGGGCUACGGCGCUCUGCUUAUGGAGGAGGCUGAGAGGAUAGCUAGGGACGAGCAUGGCGCCCACAAGCUGGCUGUCAUAUCAGGCGUAGGCACCAGGAACUACUACGCUAAACUUGGAUACGAGCUCGACGGUGUCUACAUGUCCAAGUCCUUGUUAUGAGCGCCAUGCUGCCGGCCUUUCUUGGCCCUCACAGCAUCAGAUGGACGAUGUGAGUGCCAUCGACGCACCCUGAGCCUCAUCCGCUACAAUAGCCUGUCCAUUGGUCGAAGGUCCAUCAGCGGCGUUGACAUGAAGUGUGCCGGCUCAAAAUGGCACCAAUGUGAAAGCAAAAAUUUUAAGUUUAUUGAGAAUAUUAUG